UUGGUUUGUGGAAGUCGGAGUCAAUGCCGAAAGCUUUGGAUUUCUUUUCCAUUUCAUAGCUCACAAACAUGUCUUAUAAUGACGAGAAGCCUUCGAGGGAACCAGAUGUUCCUGAUACGACUAUUGGUGGAUUGUUUUCGAUGGAUUUCAAGAAACAUGAUGAUUUAAAGUCGAUGCUAGACAGCUCAAAGGAUAAUCUUAAGCUGGAAGCAAUGAAAAGGAUCAUAUCGCUUAUGGCUACUGGUAAGGAUAUGUCAGAGCUCUUUCCUCCGGUUGUAAAGAAUGUAGCAUCAAAAAAUGUUGAGCUUAAAAAGCUGGUAUAUGUUUACCUUGUCCGUUAUGCUGAGGAGCAGCAAGACUUGGCCUUAUUGUCAAUCAGUACUUUUCAAAGAGCAUUGAAGGAUCCAAAUCAAUUGAUACGUGGAAGUGCUUUAAGAGUUUUAUCAAGCAUUAGAGUUCCAGUCAUUGCUCCAAUUCUUAUGUUAUCAAUCAAAGAGGGUGUUGUUGAUAUGUCCCCCUUUGUAAGAAAGACUGCAGCACAUGCUAUUCCUAAACUCUACAGUUUGGACCCAGAGCACAAGGAGUGCCUUAUUGAAGUGAUAGAAAAACUCUUAAAGGACAAAACUACACUUGUAGCUGGCAGUGCUGUCAUGGCAUUUGAAGAAGUAUGUCCAGACAGGAUUGAUUUGGUCCACAAGAACUUCCGCAAACUCUGUAACCUAUUGAUUGACAUUGAUGAAUGGGGACAAGUAGCUGUCAUUCACAUGCUGACCCGCUAUGCCCGGACACAAUUCUUAGAUCCUAAUAAAGAGGAGCAAGUCACAGGUGAACAGGAGUUCUACCCCAAGUCUAGCAGUAGUGGGGAAGAUGAAGACAAAGACGAGGAUGAAGAACAGAAGAAAAAAGAUCAAAAAUCUAUUUAUAUCAUGGACCCUGACCAUAGAUUACUGUUGAGGAAUUGCAAACCACUGUUGCAGAGUAGAAAUGCAUCAGUUGUAAUGGCAGUUGCAAGAUUGUAUCAUCACUGUGCCCCUGCUGGUGAAGUUACCAUUGUAGCCAGAGCAUUAGUACGACUCUUAAGAAGCCAUAGGGAAGUACAGUCUAUUGUUUUAAGUAACAUUGCUACAAUGUCCUCAGGAAGAAAGGGAUUGUUUGAGCCAUAUCUCAAGAGCUUCUUUGUUCAUUCGAAUGACCCAACUCACAUUCGUCUCUUGAAGCUUGAAAUUCUUACAAACAUUGCUGGCGAAACAAGUAUUGGUACAAUAUUGAGAGAGUUUCAGAGCUAUAUCAGUAGUUCAGAUAAACAGUUUGUAGCAUCUGCCAUACAAGCCAUUGGUAGAUCUGCCAGUAACAUACCUGAAGUGACAGAAACCUGUUUAGCAGGUUUAGUGAGAUUGCUAUCAAAUAGAGAUGAGGUAGUUGUAGCAGAAAGUGUUGUUGUGAUAAAGAAGCUCUUACAGCUCAAGCCAAAAGGUAUCUCAGAUAUCAUUGAACACAUGGCCAAACUACUGGAUAGUAUCACGGUUCCUAUGGCCAGGGCCAGUAUUCUAUGGCUGCUUGGUGAAUAUGCAGAGAAAGUACCUAAGAUUGCUCCUGAUGUUCUUAGAAAAGCAGCAAAAACAUUCAGCACAGAGGAAGACAUUGUUAAACUUCAAAUAUUGAGUCUUGGAAGUAAACUCUCCAUCACCAACCCCAAGCAGACUAAGGCCCUUUGUCAGUAUGUGCUCAAUCUGGCCAAGUAUGACCAGAAUUAUGAUGUGAGAGACAGAGCAAGGUUUCUGAGACAGUUGGUGUUACCUUCAGAAGGAUCAGGGCAUCUACAUAAACACAUCAAGAAAAUCUUCCUGGCAUCCAAACCACCACCUGUCAUACACUCAGUCUUCAAAGAUCGUCAAGGAUUCCAGCUGGGUUCCCUGUCUCAUAUGAUCAAUGCUAAGGCCACUGACUAUGCAGAACUGCCUGACUUCCCUGAAACUGCACCAGACCCUUCUGUGAGAAAUGUUGAGGUUGAGCCUGUUUGGCAAUCUGUUAGUAGCAAAAGCAAGAAGAAAAACAAGAAGAAGUCCACAUUUUACUCUGAAUCAGAGUCUGAGUCUGAUUCUGAGUCAGGAAGUGAAAGCAGUGAGGACGGCAGUGAAGAGAGUGAAAGUGGAACAGAAAGUGAAGAGGAAUCAGACAGUGAAAGCAAAUCUGAUUCCACUGAAGAAAGUGACUCAGAUGGUAUUGAGAGUGAGAGUGACGAACAGUCAAAUAGUGUAUCUGAGUCAGACAGUCUACAGUCUACAGAGAGUGAUUCAGAAGAUGAAAAGCCAGUGAAGGUCACACCAUCUAAACCCAUCAAGCCUACCAACCCUACUAAGUCUGCCAAACAGUCCAAAUCCCCUUCCAAGCCUGCUUCACAGGACCAACUGUUGAUAUUUGAUGACUUGACAGAUACAAGUUCUCCAGCACCACAAGGAGACUCUUCCAUUCUUUCACCUGCACUGGCAGCAGACCUGGAGCUGUUGUCCAUGGGAAAUGACAAACCACCACCACUACCUACGGUAACGAAUAGUUACUCGCAAGCCAARUCAUACGAACUACUCCACAGAAUGACUGGUAAUGGUCUUGGCGCUACGUACCGCUUUACCCGAGUACCAUGUAUCUACUCUACAAGUAUGGUAUCGGUAGAAAUCACCUUUACCAAUACUAGUGACCAACCAGUAGAGGGCAUUCAAAUCUCUAACAAGAAUCUUGGUUCAGGUCUAAAACUACAAGAAUUUCAAGAAAUAGCUUCGCUGGCACCUGGAGCAUCAUUAUCGGUAUCAAUAGGCAUCAACUUUAACGACACCACACAGCCUGCUAAAUUCAGCAUAAGCACUAAGUCACGUCAGUACCCAGUCAGCAUCAAAGCGCCCAUUGGUGAACUACUUCGUAGCUGUACUAUGCCCGCUAAAGAAUUUAUGUCCACACAAAGCAAACUGCGAGGGAUGAAUGAGAGUUCAACUUCAGUAGAUAUCCCGUCCAGCAAUUGUACCAAGCAAAAUAUAUGUUCACGAGUCUUAGAAGCAGCAUGCGUUAUACCAGUAGACAAUUUGGAUGGGGAUAAUCUGUAUGGUUUCUCGGGCAAAACGAUUUCUUCUGGAACUCCAGUACUAGUAACCGUCAAAGUGGGCCAGAAUGGAAAGGGGAGCUCGGUCACAGUGAAUUGUGAAAAGAUGGUCAUAAGCUCGAUGCUUGGGAAGGAAAUUGGCGCAGUUUUACAAUAAAAUGAAUUUAUUAUCAUCAUAUUGAUAUUUUCCUAGGGCUGAUUUACUUAUGAUUGAAGAAUUUUCACCUUCAACUGUCAAAUAGGAGCGUCAUUUGGACUAAAGAUUUGAUAAGGAGAUUUUUUCAUAUUGUGACGGCUGUAAUAAUGGGUCGAAAUUCUUCAUCCACUCGGCGCCUAGGAUUACCCUCCUCCGAAGGCAACCCUUUUCUUGGAUUUCCUGUGUAGAAAAGUGAAAAGGUGCUUGCGGAGGAGGCAUGGAUAGCAGUACAGUUGAAGGGAAAAAUCGUUAUAUCCAGAUCAGCUUCAAUAGUGUAAUUAAAUCAAUUUUGUAAAUUGAAAGCUCCUCUGUAGUUAUGGAGUUUAUAUGUGGAAUUUGGCAACUUUCUACUAUACGUACUGUACUGAUACUUCGAGAAUUUGUGCUCCUUGCCAAAAGCACACGAAACAAUAUGGACUCAUGUUAUAUGUCACCUAACUACCUGUCUUAGGAAAGUCUGCUAAAGUGCAUGUACUUCCGUUGAAUUUAGUUAUAUAGAUACCAAAGCCGUCGCUGUGCCAUCGUUCUUUUCGCCUGUAGCGUUUGUUAAGAAAAUAAUGUAGUGAAAACAUAGUUAAAACUACUAUAUGGGACUUCUCGGAUGAAGUUGAAUGGAAGGUUGUAAUGAAAUGGGAAACUUUGAAUUCAGAAUAAAAUAGAAGAAAUGAAAAAUAGA